CAAACAAUGAUGAACCGAACCGAAACACGGUUGUUUGUUUUGUUUGUUCACUCAGUCUGCCGAAUACACUCCGAAUUUAUCAUCAAAAAAUUGACUUAAUGGAAUCUUUUUGAAUCAAUUCUGACUCUGAUCUUAAUUCUGAUUGCCUUGAACGAUUGAAAAAGCCAGGUUUCUUCUGUUGACAUUUGUGCGAACUGAUCAAGCGAGCCUAAAGAAUUGCGAAUAUCUAAAUGUCACAUCAGGAUUGCAACGAUCCGGCAAUGGUGUCCGAUGAUAGUGUCGUGGUUGCGUCAUCAUCAUCAUCGUCACCUGGUUUCACUAAUAAUAAAGAACUGAAAAGAUUAGAUGAGAUUCAAUCUUCAUCAUUGUCCAACGAUUCCAACGAUGGUGGUCCCGAUGAUGAUGACGACGAUGAUGAAAUUGAUGAUUACGAUUGUGACAUCCAUCAACGAAAAGAUCCUGCUCAUAUAAUACAACGAAGUGAAUCAGUGAUAAAAUCGCCUUCAAAAUUAGCGGCACCGACACCUGUCAUUCAGGUGAUCGAUACGGCCAGUGGCCCAUCAGCCAAUACCGAUGGUGAUAAUCAGAAAAAAUAUUCAUCACCACCGCCAUCGAUUUGUUCACCGUCAUCGUCGUCGAAUGGAGCCAAUUUUUUACUCAGUUCUAAUAUCGCACCUAACAAUCCAUUUUUACGAGCAACCAGUUUUCAUCAGAAUUCAUCAUUAUCAUCAUCAACAUCAGCCGCCACUACGAAUUGUGCGGAUGGUGAUGCAUCGGAUUCAUCAUCAACGGAAUCGCAAAUUAUUUUCGCACCACCCAAAUUGAUUCCUUCAUCGUUGGGGCCAAAUUCGACCAGCAGCAGCAGUUCUGGUUCGUUUCUUCAGCCAUCCGUUCUGAAAACAUUCGAUAACAGUUCAUCAGACAUUCGGAAACCGAACGAAACAAUUUCGGCAAGCAAAACAUUCAUUUCAUUGAACAAAGCAGACAUUGGUAAAAUAAAGACACCAUCCUUCAUUAAAUUGUCAUCACCAUUGAGUAUGACGUUAUCAUCCGCAAACGGUUCGAAUAUGAUCAGUUCGUCGUUGGCCACAUCGACCAAUGAUGAAACGAACAAAUCUGUCAUAAAAAGUCCUGCAAGUACGAUGAUGGUCGACGGUGGUGGAUCUCGAGCAUUUUUGUUUGGCCAAAAAGUCGAAGAUAGGGUUGUGAUUGAUCAGUCCAGCGAUUCGGUGACUAACAGCCAAGCGACGGCGGCUACUUCAUCAUCCUCAUUAUCAUUUCAAACGAAUGCAUCGACGACUGCCGCCGCCGCAGUAUCAUCAUCGUCAUCUUCGUCCUGUUUGUUAUCGUUCAGUGAUGUAUCGAAUUGCGAAGAAUCAACUAUCAACACAUUUACUCAACAAAAUCCGGAUGAUCAUCCUGAUUCAUCGACAUCGUUCAUGUCGAUCAUGAAAAAUGGUGCUGACAAUAAUGCUGAUAGCAUUUUCAAACGCAAAUACGAAGUAAUUACCGGCGAGGAAGACGAACAGAAUGUGCUAAGCAUCCAUGGACGACUAUAUGCCUGGGACACUGAUAAAGCAACGUGGGUGGAAAAAGGUCGUGGUCCGCUCCAUCUGAACGAUGUGAUGAAAGAUGAAAAGCUCUGUUCUCGAUUAGUGAUGCGAACAGCUGGUGCUUAUCGGUUAAUCCUGAACGCAUUGAUUGUUGCCGGGAUGACAUUCGAAUUGGCCAGUGAAAAUUGUUUACGAUUCACAUAUAUCGAUGGCAUUUAUAUGAUCAAGGCAAAUCCGAAAGAUAUCGAUCAAUUACAUUCGGCUAUUGAACAUCGAUUACGAGAAAUAUCAAAACGAAUGCGAUCGCAAGACGAUUAAUUGUUUGGUUGAUGAAUUAUUCUCUGUUUGUUGAUGUCCCCAAUUAUGUCAUUUCUAUAAUAAAAAUGAU